AUGCCUGCUUUUGCCGAUGAGCCUUCCAACUGGGUCCACCACACUGCGUGGGUCGAGAACAACGUCAAGAUCCACUUCGUCCGCUGCACCCCAUCCAACCCCAAUGGCCACACGCUAGUGCUUAUUCACGGCUAUCCUUCUACUUGGUAUUCGUUCCGCCAUGUCAUCCAGCCUUUAGCGGACUUGGGCUACGAUGUGAUUGCCGCCGACUAUCGUGGCGCCGGGGACUCCAACAAGCCGAUGACGGGAUACGAUAAAAUGUCAAUGGCGCGUGAUAUUCACACUCUCUACCACGACCACCUUGACAUCGACCGUGCUAUUAUCUGUGGCUACGACAUUGGGUCAAUGGUAGCCACAUCACUGGCACUGCAGUUCCGCAACAGUGUCGAAGCGCUCAUUGUUUUGGAAGCUCCGCUGCCAGGAACGAACCGCUUCGACAUACUCACUACGAGCCCGGAGUUUACUUGGUCGCGCGUGUUCCACUACUACCUCCACAUGCAGCCCGAUCUUCCCGAAAUGCUCACGGAGGGCCGGGAGCGUAUGUACAUCAAGCACUUCUACGACAGACUGUGUUACGACCCCUCGUUCCACACUGUCAAGGACCUGGACAUUUACGCGACGAAGUUCCAGGCGGCUGGGGCGAUGAGGGCUGGGUUUGAGGUCUACCGGGCCUUCCUCAAGGACGCCGAAGACUUGCGGGCCAAUCUCAAGCAGCACGGCAAGAUCAGUGUCGCUACAUUAGCCACUGGCGGCGAGCACUCGCGCUUUACCCCCUUCAUCGCCGAACAGGCGUGUGAGUUUGCCAACGACGUCACCCACAGCAAGAUCCCGCACUCGAACCACUGGUGCCCGGAGGAGAAUCCAACGGGAUUCGUGGAUGAUGUGCAUAGCUUCUUGAGCAAGCGUGGACUUGGAGGCGUCCCAAACUAG